GUAAAAAUUGUGGACCCAGUUUCGGGUUAUAUCACUAAAAUCGGAGAACAGGGAGAAUUACUAUCGCGUGGACACAAUGUUAUGAUCGGUUACUGGAGGGAUGAGAUCAAAACCAAAGAGGCGUUAGACGAACAUAAAUGGUAUAAAUCGGGAGAUUUGGCGACAAUGGAUGAGAAAGGAUUUGUCAAAAUAAUCGGUCGAACAAAAGAAAUGAUAAUAAGAGGCGGAGAAAACAUAUAUCCGCGAGAAGUGGAGGAAUUACUUCACACUCAUCCAGAAGUGUUUGACGCCUAUGUUGUGGGCGUUCCGGACGAGAGGACCGGCGAAGAAGUGUGCGCUUGGGUUCAGCUGAAGAAUAAAGACUCCAAAAUCACCGAAGAGGAGAUUAGAAAUUUUUGCAAAGAUAAUAUCUCAUACUUCAAAGUCCCGCGUUAUGUCCUUUUCGUCGAUGGCUUUCCAAUGACUCCGACGGGAAAAGCGAAGAAAUUUAUUAUGAGAGACGAGUCGUGCAUAAAGUUAGGCCUCAAAGAAAACAACAAGAAAUGCCAACAAUAAAUCAAUUGACG